CGCGGGCCGCUGGAGCUCUCCGGGUUGUGUGGUCUUCCCCCUCCACUCCCACUACGGGUCGCGACUGGGGGCGGCCCGGGAGCGGGGACGCGGCCUCCCCCUCCCACCCCUCCCCUUCCUCCAGCGCUUCGAUCCAAGAUGGCGGCGCUGAGCAGCGGCAGCAGCUCCGAGGGGGCCUCGCUCUUCAACGGGGACAUGGAGCCUGAGCCGCCGCCCGGAGCUGGGGCCUCGGUCCCGGGAGGCGGCGGCGAGCCGGCCAUCCCCGAGGAGGUAUGGAAUAUCAAACAGAUGAUUAAAUUAACACAAGAACACAUAGAGGCGCUGCUUGACAAGUUUGGAGGAGAGCAUAACCCACCAUCAAUAUACUUGGAGGUUCCAGCAAGAUGUGGGGUGACAGUCCGGGACAGUCUAAAGAAAGCUCUGAUGAUGAGGGGUCUUAUCCCAGAAUGCUGUGCUGUUUACAGAAUACAAGAUGGAGAGAAGAAGCCCAUUGGCUGGGACACUGACAUUUCCUGGCUCACAGGAGAGGAGUUGCACGUGGAAGUCUUGGAGAAUGUGCCGCUUACCACACACAAUUUUGUACGAAAGACAUUCUUCACUUUAGCAUUCUGUGACUUUUGUCGAAAGCUGCUUUUCCAGGGAUUCCGAUGCCAGACUUGUGGUUAUAAAUUUCACCAGCGCUGUAGUACAGAGGUGCCACUGAUGUGUGUUAAUUAUGACCAACUUGAUUUGCUGUUUGUCUCCAAGUUUUUUGAACACCACCCAAUAUCGCAGGAGGAGGCCUCCUUAGGAGAGACCACCCAAGCAUCUGGAUCGUACUCCUCAGUGCCCCCAUCAGAUCCUAUUGGACCACCAAUUCUCCCUAGUCCUUCUCCUUCAAAAUCCAUUCCAAUCCCACAGCCCUUCCGACCAGCAGAUGAAGACCAUCGGAAUCAAUUUGGGCAACGAGACCGCUCGUCUUCGGCACCCAAUGUGCACAUCAAUACAAUAGAGCCUGUCAAUAUUGAUGACUUGAUUAGAGACCAGGGGUUACGAGGAGAGGGAGGUUCAACCACGGGUUUGUCUGCCACCCCACCUGCCUCCUUGCCUGGGUCCCUUACCAGUGUGAAAGCUUUACAGAAGUCCCCUGGACCACAACGAGAGAGGAAGUCAUCCUCAUCCUCAGAAGACAGGAAUAGAAUGAAAACCCUUGGUCGACGGGACUCAAGUGAUGAUUGGGAGAUACCAGAUGGGCAGAUUACAGUCGGACAAAGGAUAGGAUCUGGAUCAUUUGGAACAGUCUACAAGGGAAAGUGGCAUGGUGAUGUGGCAGUGAAAAUGUUGAAUGUUACAGCACCCACCCCUCAGCAAUUACAGGCCUUCAAGAAUGAAGUAGGAGUGCUCAGGAAAACACGACAUGUGAAUAUUCUACUUUUCAUGGGUUAUUCAACAAAGCCUCAGUUGGCUAUUGUUACACAGUGGUGCGAGGGCUCCAGUUUGUAUCACCACUUGCAUAUCAUUGAGACCAAAUUUGAGAUGAUCAAACUCAUUGAUAUUGCACGACAGACUGCACAAGGCAUGGAUUACUUGCAUGCCAAGUCAAUCAUCCACAGAGACCUCAAGAGUAAUAAUAUAUUUCUUCAUGAAGAUCUUACUGUAAAAAUAGGUGAUUUUGGUCUAGCCACAGUGAAAUCACGAUGGAGUGGGUCCCAUCAGUUUGAACAAUUGUCUGGGUCCAUUCUAUGGAUGGCACCAGAAGUAAUCAGGAUGCAAGAUAAAAACCCUUAUAGCUUUCAAUCAGAUGUAUAUGCAUUUGGGAUUGUUCUUUAUGAGCUGAUGACUGGGCAGUUACCAUACUCGAACAUCAACAACAGGGACCAGAUCAUUUUUAUGGUGGGACGAGGAUACCUGUCUCCAGAUCUCAGUAAAGUGCGUAGUAACUGUCCAAAAGCCAUGAAGAGGCUAAUGGCAGAGUGCUUGAAGAAGAAAAGAGAUGAGCGACCCCUCUUUCCACAGAUUCUUGCCUCCAUUGAGCUUCUGGCUCGGUCAUUGCCAAAAAUUCACCGCAGUGCAUCUGAGCCCUCAUUAAACCGGGCUGGCUUCCAGACGGAGGAUUUUAGUCUGUAUACUUGUGCUUCUCCAAAAACACCCAUCCAGGCAGGGGGAUACGGAGAAUUUGCAGCGUUCAAGUAGCCACAGCGCCAUGGCAGCACCUACUCUAUUAUUUAAGUCUUGUGUUCCUACAGUUUCUUAACGUCAAAAAUCUGUUCUGCUCCUCAAAACCUAAAGCAAUUUAGGAAAAGAUAUCCGUAAGCUUAGAGUGGAGCAGAAAGGAACUGCUGGUCCAACACAAGGGGGGGUAAUAAUCUUUUUAGGAACCAGAAUUCUCUGCUGCCAGUGUUUCUCCUUCAACACAAAACACCACGUGUAUUCAGAGACCCGCAGUGGCUGCCUGUACCGUUGUCAUCAUUCCCAGGAGAGAGGAGAGGGCACGCGUGUUUUGACUUUGGUGCUCAGGCAUAAGGGGAUGGAACUGCUGCAGCAACUUAGGAGACUUGCUUUGGAUGUCUGCCAGUUGGCUUUCUCCCUCUAACAACGAAUCAUCAGAGGCUGAACAUCUGAUGAGAGUGCUAAUCAAACGAAUCAUCUUCUGUUCUGAUUUAUUUUUUUCCUGGCAUGCUUACUGAUUUAUGGGUCAAAAUGCAGUAUCCCCUUUUCAUUUAAAUGCAAAUAUCAAACAUUUCAAUCGAUCUAUGUCAUUGACUUUUAUCCCAGUCAAAUUUGAUACUUUGAGGGGUGGGAGGUGGCUUCAGGAGAAGUUAAUCUGGAGGAAAAGGGAAUGCUGCACCAUUUUUCAAAUUUACUUUUCACUUAUCCAAAAACUACCCUUUUCUUGUUUCUAAUACUUUCUGGUGUGCUCAGACAGGGCAUCUUUCAGAAGGGUUGGGAAGCUCCUCUCGUUGGUCCAGCAACAAACUAAAGUUAAAAACAAAAAAUGUAGCAAGUUCUCAAAAUAUUUUUUGUAUCAUCUAAUUCAGUGUAUUUUUCAGAAAUGCGAUAAUGGCAUGUGCAGUAUUUAAAACUGCUAAUACAGACUAUGGAAUGGUGUAUGUACCUAUUUUAAAAGUUUUAUUUUAAAUGAGGGUGCAGGUGAAUGCCAGGUACCUUACCAAUGUAUAAGGUUUUCAUAAACAGGAAAAAAUAGUUCUCAGGUUGAAUUGGAAAAAAAAAAAUACAAAAAUCCCCCCCUCCCCUGAAUUAGACAUUCUGCAAAUUGUGUUUUGGUACUUACAGAUUAAAGGGUUUUUAUCCUGUUAACUCAGUGUUCUCUGAUAAGUGUGUGUGUAAAUGUGGAGCAUCUUGUCCCAAUGGCAAGGUGUUAGAUUUAAAAAACAAUCAACUACUACAAAAAACGGUACUUGCUGGAUCCACGCUGACCUUUUCUCCUCUCAUCGGUUCUCUCUGUUUGACUCUUAUUCCCAUCCCUCCAUUUUUCCCUUUUCCACAGUUUGCAAACUAGGAUAAAGGUGGCAGUAUCCACAUUAGUUUCCCUUGUUGCCCUGUCCUCCAAGCCCAGUUCUCAAAUGGUUAGUAGCUUUGUGACAAGCUAUCAAGUCAGAAGACAAAUUCAUAAAGUUCAGCACAGUGUUUACCUCUAGUAGAAUAUCUUGUGAUGUGAUCUGUUUGCAGAAUUCUCCGAUAUGUGGUAUUAAACAUAAAUUAUCUGUACAGAGGCAAGUCAGACCAUAGUAGAAAGAACUUCAAGCUCACACGGAAGUCUUCAGAGUUCAAUUAAUAUCUGCCCUAUCCCACUCUACAUGAGGCAGAAGAAUUGAUGCCACUAAUUGGCAGCACUGUUCUUAGGUGAAUAAAAUCAUGUGACUCAUGUAAAGGAGUUAAAUGUGUACAGACGCACGUGGCGUUGGCUGAACACAUUGUUUCUGCCUCACUAGGUGAGUGGGGACCUUUACUGUGUACAGAAGGGUGCCCUUGGAGAUAUAGGUAGCCUGUUAUGUUUUGUUAAUUAUUAUUUACUGUGGUUAAGGGGUCCUGAUUAAUUUGAAGGGAGAAAUAUAAUUGAAAUACUGUGUAUUCAUGUUAAUUCCACAAACAGCAGCCAGACAGCAAUAGAGAGUGACAUGAAGUUACUACAAGGAUGAAGCAAUUCAUGUUGCUACAUGAAUAGAAUUGAUUUUAUGUACAGGAUGCAUUUUAACAAACAAGCACAACUUUUUUCUUCUCUGCUGUGGGUCUUCAGAUACUAUUAGGUUUUUUCCUUCCUGAAAUAGGCAGGAAUUAAAAUAAUCAGUAGCAGUGUCUACUGUACUUUCCAGUGUGGAGAAGCAAACAAAGUGAGCAGUAGUGCACCGUCAGAUGAAAUCACCAUGCACCAUGGUAGUGUAAUGGCAGUAUACAAUGCUAUCUGAGGCAGGUGACAGACCAAGGCGGAAAAAGCAAGGAACCAAGUUGUCAGCAACAGUUGAGAAUUUUUACCAAUAUUAACUCCAAGAGAGUGAAGUCAUUACUGUAUCAAUGCUUUUCCCUCAACCUUUUUUUUUUUUUUUUUUUUUUUUUUUGGCCUGUGAUGUAGCUUGUAAAUGUAGGGCACACUGAAAAUUACAUAUGCUCCUAAAGAAAGGUAUAGUCUAAAUAUGUAUUGCUACGUUAAGAAUUAUCAUUUCAACAUAGUGGAUAAAAAUCCUAGUUUCUUUCUGUAUUUUCUUGCUGGCAGAGAAGUAUUUGUUAAAAUAAAACAGUAAGGAAUGAUUUUUUUUUAUCCUUGUUUUAAAUGAAUUUAUUUUGUCAUCCUUCAUUACCUGUUAGUCUACAAUAUGCUUCUUGAGCCCACAGGAAAAGCACAAGGAAAAUGGCUAUCCUUGUCCAUGCAAAGCACUUUAUAAGUAACACAUGGUCUUUGAUUUCCCCCACCCCCAAAAACCAUGUAUGUUGUUUGACUGUUGUUUAGUUAAGUCUUUCAGGUUUCAUUUCUAUUACCUUCCAAGGUUUUUUCUCUUAAAGUAGCUGUAAUGCUUUAUGUUUUUGUCCAGCUUUCUAUCUGUAUAAAGACCACCUUAAUCCUCAUGCAAAACUUCGGGAAAAUUUGGUUUGUAAAUAAUUGUUAUUCUUCAUUUCUUUUCCUUCAGAAAUUACUAAGGACGUUUUGCAUGAAAAUAGGAUCAAUUUUAAAGGUGUCUUGUGGGUGUUUGGUAAACAGUGAGACAGUUGCAGGGACAUGUAUUGAAAGCCCCAGAUAGCAAGGGGAUGAAGAAAACAAUGAACUCUUUUAAAAACAGUAAAUA